AAAUACAUAAUGUUCCUAUUAAGGCUGUUAAUUACUUAUGCUGUGCUUUUGCCAGCUUCAUUGGAAGACAUGGCCAGCUAGCUAGCUAGCAAGCUUACUUGGGCUAGCGCUAAUGUUAGACACUCUUCGAUUGAUUGCAAAUAUAGCUACAUUUUGGUGAGAUGGGCAUCUUUUACAGCUAAUUUCACAGUCAGAUUAUAUAUUUUGUGUUUGAAUCUGUAGUUAUGUCAUGAGUUAUGUCAUGUUAUUCACUUGGUUUUAAGUGAUGCAAUCUGGAAUCCAACAUUCCCAGAGCUAACGUUAGCUAGCCAACUGUCAAUUUGCCCAUGGUGUCAGUCUGAGAUGCAAGUACAGUCCCUAACUAAUAUAAUACUAGUAUCUAAUAUACUAAUACCAGAACCAGUAUCUGGGCAGAGGAGACGAUGAAUAUGACGAGUUCAUCGUCUCCUCUGCCCAGAUACUGGUUCAACUAAUACCUAGUUACCAUUUAACUAUGUUGUUUAGCUAACUAGUUAACUUCACAUAGACAUAACGUUAACGUGUUUAACUUCUGUUUCUGGCAAGCUAUUGGCUACUUGGCCAACUCGUUUUUUUGUGCCUUAUUUUAGCAGCUAACUUUAAUUAAUUUGUGCAAAUGUAGGGUAAUUAGACAAAUUGUUGAACUUGUGAACAUAAUCGUUGAGGGAUGUGCACUUCACAGUACAAUGUCAAUGCCACCAUCAGCUGUCAGAUGACAAGUGUCAUUUUUUCUUUUUUCCCCUCGAUGAGCCACUAUUAAACAUGAAUUCCUUCCACAACUUGUGUGGAGCGACCAGAGAUCACCCAAACCGAUGAGGUUUUACUGAUCCAGUUAAGAUUGUGUUCCCUUUUCCACAUUUGACAAGCGGAAAGAAUGUCGGAAAGGGCCGAUGAUGACGUCAGGGGGGAGCAGCGCAGAGUGGCCAGGCAGCUGAAGCAGCAACAGCAGCAGAUCCAGCGGGGAGAAGGCUCCACAGCAAUGGCGACUGGUGCGGAGCGCAGAUCCAUGCCUAGUCCAGAAAUAAUGUUGGGACAGCCUUGGAGCAGCUGGGUCGAUGCUGCCAAACUCCACGGCAACGACGGUGCUGAAUCAGAGGAAAGUUUGAAAGAGUUCGGGAAAAAUCGAGAAGCAAUGCGACUGUGCAGAGAUGACAUGCCCAUAUUUGGCCAGUGUCCAGCACAGGACGACUUCUACCUGGUGAUGUGCAGCCACUGCAGUCAGGUGGUGAAGCCCCAGGCCUUCCAAGCGCACUACGAGAGAAGACACAGCUCGUCCAGUAAGCCCACCUCCACCUUAGCCCCCUCCUCAGCCUCCUCCCUGUCCGCUCUGUCUCGGAGCAGGAGCAGUGGGACGGGUGGUGGGGGUGUCAGUGGGGGGGCCAUGGGCCGCUCUUCCAGUGGGACCAGCACCUCGUCCAACUCCAAAAUCCUCAAACCAGCCAAAGAGAAGCUACCAGGCAUCCAGCAGAGACCUCACUUCCCUCCCUUCAGGGUGCUCAACGACAAGAUCCUGACCCCUGCAGUCAAAGUGGAGAAGAUGCGUCUGAAGGUGGAUUCGUCAGCCAAGCUGGUGCAGGUUCCCUCGGUCCACUUAUCGUCCUCCUCCAGCAGCACUGUGAGCUCCUCGUCACCCCUGAAGCCAGGCCUUAACUGUCCCUCCAUACCAAAGGCUCCCCUGCUUGCCCCCGGCCAGAUCCCCAACGGCAAGGGCCACCUCUCCCUCUCUGCCUUGGAAAAGAAGCAGGACAACAGCACCAGUAGCAGACAACACCUCUACAAGAGACUGUCAGAACGUGAGUUUAAUCCAGAUAUCCACUGUGGGGUCCUGGAUAUGACAGGGAAGCCAUGCACACGAUCCCUAACAUGCAAGACACAUUCCCUAAGCCAGCGGACAGUGCUGGGCCGGAGGAAACGCUUCGACACACUGUUGGCCGAGCACAAAAGCAAAGCCCGGGAACGGGAACUGCAGCACCCCACCCCUGCAGACACCCCUCUCAGGAACCCCCCCUCCCCCUCACGGCUCGCCCCCCACCACGACGCCCACCAGGUCGCUCAUGGCAACGGAGCCACCGACGCCACCAAGCCUUUGGCGUUUGGCAAGCCCAAACCUCACAAUCUUGGUCUUCCACGACUGAACUGCAUUAUCUCUGAUGGAGGUGGUGGUACCCCCGGAGACCCCCACCACGCUACGUCCGCUCCUGACGGGGGCUCCCGCCUGUCCAGUGACGAGGGGGAGAACGAUGAGCGGGAGGAGGGCACAGACAAACUGGACUGUCACUAUUCAGGUUACCACCCACGGCCGGCAGCUUUUUGUACCUUUGGAAGUCAACUGUUUGGGAGAAGCUGCUACUCGUUUGACCGGCGCUGGGAUCGAAUGCGAUGUGCUCUUACUGCCAUGAUGGACAAGCACGUCAACACUCAGAUGUGGAAAAAAAUCCCUUUCGCCUUGGAGAACUCCUCCUCUUCUUCUUCCUCUGCGCCGGCCCACAGGAUAACCACAAACUCCUUGUCCUCAUCACACGGUAGCGCCCCUGCUUCGGGCUUCCUCAGCCCCUCCUCUGCACCCCUUCCACCCCCCUACACUCAGUCCUACGACAGCAAGUCUGUGCUCUCGUACGGGACCACCUUAAACGCUCGUGCCUCCCAGGGCACGGCCGACCACCCUGCCUACAGCGCAGCACAGGCCAGACAAGUGUCUUCGUCGCCCCAGAUGCCUUCAGCCCACUCCUCGGUCCCCUCCCUGUCCUCAGGACGACCGCURAAGUCCAGAUCCAGCGGCAAGUCCUUCAGACCCCGGGAGUCCUCCUCCACAGCUGCCAUAACCAACUCCACCAGUGGGGGCAGCAGUGGAGGAAGCAGCAGCAGCAGCCUCAGCUCGGGUAAGAAGAGGAAGAACAGCUCCCUCCCUACAUCGUCUCACGCUACCACCUACACCUCAGAGUCCUCUUCCUCCUCCAACACCACCUCUUCCUCCUUCAAAAAGAACUGCACAGUUCACAGUGGCAGCUCAGGGAGCACGUACCACCAUGCCUCGCUAGUCCCCUCCUCCUCCUCCUCUUCUCACAGCGGCGUCCACAGUGUGGGACUCAACUGUGGCCCCAACGCCCGGACCAACUCCCUCAGUCUGAAGGCAGAGCCGUCGGGGCCAGCGGGGUUGUCGGGGCCCGGGGUCAGAGGCCCCCCCUCGGGCAGCCCGGCCGAGUCUAUCAAGAGGAUGAGUGUAGUGAUGAACAGCAGUGACUCCACCCUCUCCCUGGGGCCCUUUGUCCACCAMGCCUCAGAGCACCACAGCAGCUUCAGCCAUGCCCACACUGACGGCCGCCUGGAGGGGAAGAAACGCAAGGGCUCCCCCGCUGUCAGCUCCAUCAACAGUGGAGGGGGCGGUGGCGGGGGGCCGGGCAGGCCCAAAGUGGCCAAGUCUCCAGCCAUCAACAACAUCCACAGCAAACAUGGACGCACAAUCCCAGGAGCCACGGGGCUCCCCAACAACUCCCUCAUCCAUCAGCCAAAGGCCCGCCCCUGACAGCGAUGGCUGGGUUCUAUGUAUGGAACCGAGGGGCGGAUAAAGAGGAGGCAACCUGUGCGCUGCUCUGGACUGCACAAGGCCUUCUAAUACGUUACUCUCAGCUUCCCAAGAUCCUCAGGGUGGAGAUGGUCUGGACAGCCCAGUGACGUCACUGUUAUCGUCUAUAGUGUAACUAUUCCUCCCAAAGCCAUGUAGGAGCGCCUUGUGGAGGUGGCAGGCGUUAACACCCGGGGUGGGUCACACUUGGCCCCUGUCAGUCAGUGUACCGAGGUAGAUCUUCCUAUGGGGAAGACAGGAGAGAAAAGGAGGGAGUAGGAGCCUGCCUGCCCUUUGACCUAUUGUUGAAAUUCCAGAGGUAUGGAGGAAGGGAAAAGUGCUGGCACAACAGCCGUGGCACUGCCCACCCAACCGUCAUGACGCAGAGCCACAGGGAUUGACUGGAGAGCCCUCAAGCCGCAAUCUGUUGGUUUCCGAUGAUCUCUUCCGUGUGUGUGUGUGUGUGUGUGUGUGUGUGUGUGUGUGGUGGAUGUGUGU